CCAACAACAACAUUUGAGCCGGAGGAGGCACAGAUGCACCUUACCGAAGUAGAAGAAAAAAUCUGGGAACUGAAGCGCGAAGACGAGCAGCAGCGAGCUGCUUUUGCUUUGUCCAACGGCCUGGAAUCUGAUGACUAG